AUGUUUUUCCAGCCAAAAGUCACUCCCCUCCCUUCUGGCAUCGAGCUUCAUGGAAAAACAGCCAUUAUAACGGGUGCUAGUGCAGGUCUUGGCCUCGAGACAGCCCGCCAAUUACUCUGUCUAAAAUGCAGCACCCUAGUUCUUGCCGUUCGAAACACAACAAAAGGGGAAUCCUGCGCCGAAGAACUACGUCAAGACCCAGUGAUCAAAACCAACAAUCCCAAUGCCAUCAUCAAAGUGAUUAAGCUAGACGUCGAUGACAACGCAAGUGUACAAACGUUCGCUCACGAAUUGAAACGCCAGAUCUCAACCGUCGACUACCUGAUUCUAAACGCAGGAUUAGGUAGAAUUAGUCAUGAGCGCAGCGCAUCAGGCCAUGAACGUUCGUUGCAGGUCAACUAUCUCUCAAAUGUUCUCCUCCUGGCGGAGCUGCUACCCUACCUCAAUGAUAGCGCGGAGAGAAAAGGCUCGCCGGUACGGGUUACGUGGAUUGGAAGUCGCGGACACCAAUCAAACACUAGCUUCGAAAUGAAGGCACCCAUUCGUGAUGGUGAGUCUGUUUUUGGUCGAUUCGACAAUGAGGCGGCUUUCUUGCCGUGGGCAUCUUAUGCAGAUAGUAAGUUGCUCUGUGCUAUGUUUAUGUAUGAGCUCUCGCCACGGUUGGAUGGGGACAAGAUCAUUUUGAACAUGAUUUGUCCUGGUAUGCUCCGCACUGGAAUGGGUGAUUUUCUUCCAUUGCCAUUGCGUGUGAUAGUUGGACUUUUGGUACAUGCCAGAGGAAGACCAGUCGAGAUUGGGGGGAUUUUGGUCGUGAAUGCGGCUGUUGUUGUGGGCGAGGAGUCUCAUGGGAGACAUAUGGGGGAUAAGGAGAUUCUUGAAGUUUCGAAGUAUAUUCAGUCUCCUGCAGGGCAUGUAGUUCAGAAGAAGGUAUGGGAAGAGACCAUUGUGGAGAUGAGAAAGAUCACGGCACUACCGGUGGAAUUUAGAUAG